GUCUCCAGAGAAAGGACCCACAUCCACAAAACCCUGAUUUCGGGGCCGUCAAGGAGGAUGAGCCGCCGCAGAGUUGGAGAGGAGUACCCGCCAGCCCACAGAAUGCCGCCCCUCUGCCUGCUGCUGCUGCUGCUGCCGCUGCUGCCGCCGCCGCCGCCGCUGCUCUCAGGGGCCACCGCUGCCCUCCCCCUGGUGGAGGGCAGCCUCGCAGGCCACGACAGCCACAGCGGGCAUCGGCAGGAAGCGGCAGAAAUGAAGAAAAACAGCCUGUGGACUUUCCUUGCUCAGUGGCGGCACGAGCGGACCUCCCAGGCCGGGGCGGCCCCCUCCGUGGGCGGGGAGGCCAGGGGGCCCUCCAAGCGGCGGGACGGCCCGCCCCCCCAGCAGUCCACGCGCCCCGACAAAGUGCCCUGCAGGAAUUUCUUCUGGAAGACCUUCUCCUCCUGCAAGUGAGGCCCCGCCCGCGUCACUCGUGCGAGGAAG